AAUGCGCAUGCCUCUCACGGAAUGUUGCAGUGUCCCGCGUGACUCAACUCUCUUAUCGAUACUCACUUAUCGGUGACUUUCGUAGAACGGUAAGCAGCAGUCAAGUUCAACAUCUAGGCUGUAACGACAUUGUGACGUAGCAUGUCAAUCCCGCCUCAAGUAACUCUCCGAUUCCGCUCUGCCCACGACAUCUGCGGCGUGCGUCACAUCUGAGAACUGUGAAGGCUAAUUCUGGAGCAGAGCGGCGUCAAACUGGUUCUGCAAACUGCCCAUCUCAUCUGGAGCCUGUCGUUUCCCCGAGGUUUCCUAACUUGCCACAUACAAGCCCUCAAUGAACACGGUCGUUGUGCAGAACUCUGGUUCCGAUCUACAUCAGGUCUCGCCACUCUUUCUGCACUUGAAGAAGAGCUGACCGCAGCUGACAAGUUCUCAUAAGCUGGGCACCCACAUUGCGUCAUCGUUUCCUGUCAUUAUCUGAAAGGCAGCAGGUGUUCCAGGAGCAACCUCUCGGUGACACAUUGCCUCCGUUAGCGUGAUCAAGAUUUACUGAGCCAAUAUCUAUUCAUUGACUUUUCGUGUAAAACAAAGAAGUUUUUUUUAAUUCAACGAUACUGUUGUUAAAAUGUCCGAGAAAGCUGAAAGCGAUAGCAAAUGCCAAGACAUUGAAGUCAGUGAGCUCUUCAAGAAAGGGUUGGAGCACAAUGUCCUAUUCAACAACUUCGCGCUUGCAGGAAGUGUCUGUUUGCCACCCGAAACAGCGCUCGAAUAUUGGGAGAUCUCUGAGAACGAUGCCGUUGUGCUUGGGCGUCUGUUGAGCACGAGUCGGUCCUUGAGAAAGCUGUGCAUAUGGAAUAUGCCGUUCAGUGCAUUCAAAAUUGCAUUUAAAGACCUCGAAGAAUGUCCUUUGCUAGAAGAACUUCACUUGCGUGCCAUUGAAUGUGGAGGGCAAGAUUUCAGCGUUAAAUUUUCCGGAGUGUUCAGCAACCUGAGCUUGUUGGACUUGCGCUGCGAAAGCGUGGGGACUGCGGUUGCUGAUGACAUUGCGACUUAUCUACGAGGAAACAAAAAACUGAAGGAGCUCCGCCUGUGGUACUCCUGCGGUGGCGACGACGGUGCUGCAGCGCUCAUCGAAGCGCUAAAGCUGAACGACACGCUCAAGAAGUUCACCUUGGCGCAGGUGAAGUUUUCUUCCAAGACGAUCAUCGCGUUCGCGGAGCUACUGACAGUGAACUCUACGCUCGAGGUCGUGGACAUUUUUGACGCGCAUUUCGUAGAAGACGAUGAAACGGCAGCGUUGCUAGAGAAGUACGGCAACGCGGGUGUCUUCAAGAGGUUCCGCAUUGUGUGGACUGAGAAACUCCUGCCCCUGCUUAUUAGGCUCGUCCACGAGAAGGCGUGUUGGCCCAAGCUUUCGCUCAGUGUCACCGCUUCGGUGGACCGGGACGUCCUGCGUGACUUCUUCGACUCCGUGGCUUCCAGCACUUCGGUCACUGUGCUCCAUUUCUACCCCAGUGACGACGCGUUCGACGAACUAGCGGAUGGCAUCGCCUCGGUCGUGAAAAGGACGACGACGCUCAAGAGAGUCCAGAACCUCAUGUUCGUCAAACCGGGCAACGAGCAUCAGCUGGUCAAAGUUCUGGACGCCCUGAGGGAGAACCGUACCGUCAACUCCUUCGACAUGUUUGUUGACGUUCUGACGCCGGAAGUGGCUACGUCCCUGUCCGACCUUCUGGCCGUCAACAACGUUCUGAACGAAAUCGCCGUCUGUCAGUACUGGGGAAUUACGGCGGACAUCUUAGGGAGCAUACUGCGGGGUCUCAGAACGAACUACGUUGUGACAAAGCUUAUGGUUUCCUGGGACCCGGAUGAUGACGUCGAGGGUGUCCUCGAGAUGGAGGGACUUCUGAGGAGGAACGUUCAUCUACACGAGAAGGCGGCUGAGUUUGUGUGUGCGGCUGGUGACGUCGAAGGUGCGGAUGCGCUGAAGAAGGUGCGAACGAGUGCGGACCUCGUCAGAAGGGUGCGGGCGCUCACCGGAAGGACGAGCGAAGCUGCGUUGGAACUGAUACAGGCAGCCCUGUCUCGCAUGGGUGCGUGAAGCUCCAGUAUUCGGUCGAGUUGGCCUAUUUGCAGACUUGGCAGUAAUAAAAUUACGGUAAAUAAAUUACUUCUUGCGUUAAUAAAUGAAGGGAAUUUUGAGGGC